CGCGAGCAGCCAGCGCCAGACGCCCCAGCCCGCAGCAUGGUCCAACCGCACUGCCUCGCGCCGUUCCUGGCGCUCCUGGCUCUGUCAGCGGCGCCGCGUCCGGCAGGCGCGCAGCACAACUGCACGUGCGCCACCAACAAGCUGAGCAUCUGCAGCCCCGACGGGCCCCGCGGCAGCUGCCGGUGCCGCGCGCUGGGCUCGGGCGCGCUGCUCGACUGCUCCAAGCUCACCGCCAAGUGCCUCCUGUUGCAGGCGCGCGCGCGCGCACCCCCGCGGGGCCGCUCGCUGGUGUCGCCCGGGCCGCUGGCGAUUGUGGACAACGACGGCUUCUAUGACCCCGAGUGCGACGGCGAGGGCCGCUUCAAGGCGCGCCAAUGCAACGGGACCUCGGUGUGCUGGUGCGUGAACUCGGUGGGCGUGCGCCGCACAGACAAGGGCGACCGCGGGCUGCAGUGCGCGGGCGUGGUGCGCACGCACCGCAUCCUCAUCCACCUGCGCCACGACCCGGCAGCAGAGCUCAACAGCUCUUUCUUAGACGCUGAGCUGCGGCAGCUGUUCCGCCAGCGUUACGGCCUGCGUACUCCCUUCCUGCACGCGGUGCGCUACGAUGCGCCCACCAUCCAGAUCGAGCUGCGCCAGAACGCGUCGCAGAAGACGCCUGGCGAUGUGGAUAUCGGCGACGCUGCCUACUACUUCGAGCGCGACGUCAAGGGCGAGUCGCUGUUCCCGGGCCACCGUGGCGCGGGUGUGCCAGUGCGUGGGGGGUCCCUACCCGUGGAGCACACACUUAUCUAUUACCUGGACGAAGAGCCCCCCGAGUUCACCAUGCGGCGUCUCACCGCAGGCGUCAUAGCCGUCAUUGUGGUGGUCUCAUUGGCCCUGGUCGCCGGCGGGAUCGUCCUGGUGGUCACCGACUGCAAGAGGUCGGGGAAGUACAAGAAGGUGGAGAUCAAGGAGUUGGGGGAAUUGAGAAGUGAGCCAAGCCUGUAGGUACCUGCGGGCCAUGCAAGGGUGGGGAAGCUGACAGCCCA